UUUCUCUUGUUCCAAGCCCGUCUGUUCUAUUUCUGAGGUGCUGUGGAAUGAUAUCAGAGUGGUAAUAUGGCAACUUUGCUGGGCAGCCAAAACUGUAUGGAAAGUUUGAGGAAGGAUAUCACCGAUCUGCAAGGAACGGUCAUCAGUGUUUUCUCCCGAGCUGGAGCUGUGCGCUAUCCUUCCUGGAAGUUUCCUGACAAGGUGUCCUGUGACCUGGACCUGGUGGCUUUGCUGGACUAUUACGACUAUGUCGAGAAUGAUCCAGAAUUUACUCAGCACUCCCAUGUGGUUCUUCUGGAACUAGUGAUUGACAGGCUGCUGUUGCUGCUUCAGAGCUUUGCAGCAUACACUGAGAAUGUGAUCAGCGAACAAGCCGUGCCUCCAUCCAGAGUGACAGGAUCCUACAUGUCUAUUGGGCUGGCUGUGAAGAAGUAUUGGAACAGCAUGCUGAAACUGGGGACCGUCUAUCAGCAGCUUGUGGCCGAGAAAAAACAUAAUAGAGAAGAUCUCUCCAGCUUGAAAUAUUCCCUGCAGGUGGCAAGAGCUGAGAGUGGGCGUUUUAAAAGCUGCCCAUCAGCCCUUUCGGAGUCAGAUGUGACUUUGCCCAGUCUCCGGUCUUCUCCAUUGACCGUGUCCGUGAGCAGUGGGCUCAUGGACAGUGCCAUCAGAGUUUCAUCUCAGGCAGAAAUAAGCCAGGGUGUUGCUAAGCAUGUCCGGAGCAUCCAUUCUCAAACCAUUGAGUCAUCCCUGGUACCGUGUGAUGCAUGCGAGAGGGCCCAGGUCAGCCUGAAGGAAGUGGGUAACGCCAUCAUCCACAUCUGCAGCAGUCAGAACCUCCCAUCAUCUCUGAGACGAUUCCUUCAUAUGAUUGAGGAAACCCUCGGUCAGAAACCCCUCACGGCCACGGACAUGGGCUACUGGGCAUCCGAGCAAAGCAAGGACCUCUCCCGGAUCAACAAACAUCUCCAGAUGCUGACGGAGCUCGUUAAUCCUUUGAAGGAAGAGCUGGAAGCAGCUGAGAAACAAAAGGAGGAGUUGAAGAAACAGCUGGAGACCUUCCAGAGCUGCCUGGAAAAGGAGAAAGAAGCCCAGGAGCAGCAAAGGAAGGAGGCAGAGCUGCUGUUUGAAAAAAAGAAUGCAGAAAGCCUGCAGCUUGUGGCCACGCUUGAAAAGGACAAAGAGGAUCUCCAGAAAAGACAGGUUUUCUUGGAGGAACAGAUCUCCACCUUGAAAGAGGAGAUUCACCAACAGCAAACUAAUUUCCGAGAGCUGGAGUGGACCAAAAGCAGUCUGCUGCAGGAGAUGCAAGUGAAGAUGGCUGGCAUGGUGGACAAGAGCCAAGUGACCACUCUGGAGGGCCAGCUGGCGGUCCUGUCUUGCCAACUGGACAGCACAAAGCAGCAGCUGAACUGGACCACCACCGAGCUUGAAAAAGAGAAGGCCACAGUGGAGAGCAUGCUACGUCAUAAAAAGUCCCUCCAGGUCAAGCAGAGGGCUCUAAUGCAGCAGUUGGAUAACCUGGACCAGGAAUGUGAGCAGCUAAAAACCAAUCUGGCUGACAGGGAAGACAACACAUACAUGCUGCAGGAAAAGGCAAAGGGCCUCCAAGAGGAGAAGCGGCAGAUCCAGGAUCAAAUGAGAGCACAGCAGGAACUCGUGGAAAGAGCACAGCAGGAAAAACAGAGCAUGGAGCAGUCCGUAUCUGAGCUCCAAAGCACCGUAUCGAAGUUGGGAGAGAUGAACCAGGAGCUGAAAGAGAGGGAAAGACUCUUGGUGUCCUUCCCAGAUCUUCAUCUCCCUGUGGAGACACAGUAUGAAAGCACAGGGGAUAUCAUGGAAGACAUGGAGAAGCAGCUGCAAGCCAACAACAUCCGUAUCAGCAUCCUGGAAGAAGAAAACAUUCGCCUCCGAACUGCUGUAGCCAAGAUGAAGGAGGUGUCACAGCAGGAAGCACCAAAACUUGUACCUCCAACCCAGCUGUGGCUUCAGUCUGCAAAAGUGGAGUGUGAAGACAGCAAGGAGCAGUCUCCCACAGGGCAACAUAUAAUAACAGGUUUCAAAGGAGUAUUGACAAGGUCUCCUAAUAAUCAAGCUGGCCCAGGAAGUAGGGCUCAAAGCAGAUCUCGGAACAGCAAUACUCCCAGCAGAGGCAGCUCCGCUUCCCACCGGACAUCUGUCAGCCCAUUGGAAAAGUCCGCCUCCAUACAGGCUGCCCAGAAGGUAGCAUUCCAGUUCACCUUUCCCUGCAAGGACUCAGCUGUCCACACUUAUGCCAGAGAAAAGGGGAAAAGCAGGAGCCGGCCCCCAGCCCAUUGCACCCGGAACCACCAGAAAUAAAAGCCCUCAAGAGGAA